AUGGACAACUCGACGAACCCUACAGAUGAUAUUUCUCUAGACGAUUUAUUCCCAGACGGAGAUUAUUCAAGUGUUUUGAAUGAUUUGCAAUUUAGUGAUACUGUAGAAUUCAAUGAUAACAAUCGAGAUGAUCUUUUACAACUGUUAGCAUCUGCUAAUAGCGAUGAUACGAAUUCGGAAACUGCAGAUGGCAAUGAUUCAUCAGAACUCGUUCAUUUUUUAUUAGAUGAACAACGAGAUGCGGUAGCAAUUGUUGAUGAUAAAGAAAGAAUGCCAAAUUCAACUUUUGAUCAAAAUUCCAGUAUUACUAAUAUGCCGAUGCCCCAAGAGACAACUGGAGAUCAAAAUUCCAGUAUUACUAAUAUGCCGAUGCCCCAAGAGACAACUGGAGAUCAAAAUGUAAUAAUGUAUCAAAUGUAUCCAUCUAUAUUUGAAAUGCUUGAUGCUGCCAUCUCUGUUAAGCAACAACCUAAGGCAAAUAAUCGUAUACGUUAUGGUUGUGAUGGUGUCCGAUUUUUGCCUGACUCACGAUAUCAUCCACUGGCAGUUACUUUCUGUAAUUUGCAACGCAUUGCAUUAGCUAAAAAUCAAACGUUGGGAAUCGUCACGACGAUAGUAACAAGUACAAACAAUCCCACUAGUCAAACAUUUGUUCAUGCUAAUAAUAUUACUGUUCGUGAACCAAAUGCAAUACAAAUAGCAUAUGGAUGUGUUUUCGCUCCGUUAAAGCAAUCUGAGAUAGACGAAGGUAUAAAAGAAUAUCGACGUCUGUCAAUUUUAUAUAAAAAAUAUAAUGACUAUUCGUUUGAUCUUACACCAUUCAGUACAGAAACAAUGUUUGGAACAACUCAGCAAUAUACAGUCCUGAAUGAUCCGAACAUGGACAUAGUGCCGAAAGGAAAAUGUUUUAAACAGCAUUACGAUCUAUUAUCAUAUAAGUUAGUUUUUCAACUAGCUUUAAAAGAAAAUAAUAUAAUAUACAUUUCAAAUAUUACAUGUGAAACUGAGGUUGUUCAUGAACAAUCAGUUACACAAAAACCUGGUAAACGAACAGUAUCAUUUUCAAUUGAAAGUCUUUCAGAAGAAGAGUCUAAUUUCGAAACACAAGUUUCGAAUUCAUCAAAGAAAUUCAAAUCAUCAACCCCACCGUUGAUUGGACUUCCGAAUUUAUUGUUUUAUUUUGUAGGCAUGAACUUCAAUUCAUAUUCAACUGAAGAUUCUGACUUGGCUCUGCUUGAUGACUUAAUUGAAUCUCCAUCAACUAACGAAGACUUCAGUUUUCGUGUUGCUUAUGAUUACAAUCCAUUGGAAACAUUUUAUGAAGCUAACUCUGCUGCUACAAGAAAUGAUGAACAAAUAACGAUAAAUAGUCCUCAUAAUGAAUCAUUACCUGUCAUUCGAUCACAUACAGAAAAGCCAUCGGAAUCAUCCGUUACUCUUUCGAAUUGUGUCGCUAUUACUAAUUCAAAAUCAAAAAAAAUACAACUUGUUUAUCCGUUAGAAAAUACGUAUCGAGCACGAUAUAAAAGUGAUUAUUUUCCACAAAAUGGUACUUUGCCAACCGACUAUCAAUAUGAUGUAGAAAAUGAUUAUAUUCGUGUUGCAUUAAUAACAACAUGUAUUGAAGGUCAUGGACAUUACUAUAGUCCAUAUAAAUUUCAAAAAGAUCAUUAUGAUAUUAAAGUACCUGAUGAAAAUCCAAUUUAUAUAAAAAUAGAAAAUAGCCGAGACACUAAUUCUGUUAUUCGACUUCAACUUGUUCUCAUUAAAUCUAAAUUAGAUCAACUUAAUUAUGUUCAACCAUUAAUACGUUUUUCUGAUACGACUGCUCGUAUACAGAACAUAAUUCAUGAAGAAAAAUUAACACCAAAAGAUUUAAUUAAUAAAUAUCAAUUGGAAAAAUCACAUUUAGCGUUUACAUUAUGUACAAAACUACCAGAUGGUUUAUAUAAACCACAUCCAAAAACAACAGUUAUUUCAUCGGUUAUUUCUGAAGCAUCAGCAUCAAAAAAACCAAAUGGUAAAUUAUUAUUUGUAUAUAUAUAUAUAUAUGUUGCUUUAGAUCAUAAAUCUGAAUAA